UCAUGCUGGCGGCCGGGCGCUGCGGUGGCGAUCUGCUGAGGCUGCAGCGUCUGAGGAGGUGGCCGGUGCUCGGGACAAGUUCUUUCCUGCGCGGUCUUGGUCUGGAGCCCCUGGAAGAAGUCCGGUCACUGUGUUGCGAGUCCUCGGCUCGAGAUGCGCGAGAUGGAGAGAGCGCGCGCAAGGCGGCACGAAGGAAAGCCGCCGGAGUGGAGUCGUCCCCGUCUUUCCCUCUACUGGGCACGGGGACCAGGUGUCUUUCGUCACUGGAAAGCCUCAGCGUCUCGACGCCGCGGGAGGACUCGAGCGAAGAGCAGGGCCAGCCCAGGCCCGCGCACGGGGAGUCUGGAGAUCGCUCGCUGCCCGCCCUCGCCCAGUCCGCCACCGAGCCCGCAGAGCUUCACGUCUCCCCUUCCUGCUCAGUUUCCAGAGAGGGACCCUUUCGGGCUGGGGAGCUGAUUUUAGCUGAGACUGGGAAGAGAGAAACACAAUUUAAGAAAUUGUUUAGGUUGAGCAACGUCGGAUACUUAAAUAGUAGCUGGGGGGCGGUCCCGUUCAGCAAGAUAGUGGGGAAGUUUCCCGGCCAGAUACUGUCGAGUUCCACGGGUAAGCGUUUCAUGCUCAGGAGGCCGGCACUGGAAGACUAUGUAUUGUUGAUGAAAAGAGGGCCUGCCAUAGCAUAUCCAAAGGAUAUGAAUAUGAUAUUGUUGAUGAUGGACAUCAACCCAGGUCACACUGUUUUGGAAGCUGGCUCAGGUUCUGGUGGAAUGAGCUUGUUUUUAUCCAAAGCAGUUGGAUCACAAGGACAAGUCCUAAGUUUUGAAAUACGAAAAGACCACCAUGAUCUGGCUAAGAAGAAUUACAAACAGUGGCGUGAUUCAUGGAAACUAAGUCACGUAGAAGAAUGGCCAGACAAUGUGCAUUUUAUUCACAGGGAUAUUUCAGGAGCCACUGAAGACAUAAAAUCUUUAACAUUUGAUGCGGUAGCUUUGGAUAUGUUAAAUCCUCAAGUUGCUUUGCCUAUUUUGUACCCAAAUCUUAAACAGGGUGGUGUUUGUGCUGUGUACCUAGCAAACAUCACACAGGUUAUUGAACUUUUAGAUGGAAUUCGCAUCUGUGAACUUGAUCUCUCAUGUGAAAAGAUAAGUGAGGUCAUUGUCAGAGAUUGGUUGGUUUGCCUUGCAAAACAGAAAAAUGGAAUUUUACCUCAAAAAGUGGAACCUAAAAUCAGUACAGAUUUACAGUUAUAUUCUCAGCAGGAAAUUAGAGUUGAAGGCGAAAUGUUUCAAGAUGACAACUAUGGGGAACCACAUUCUGACUUUCCCUAUGGAUCAUUUCCCUAUAUUGCUAGACCUGUACACUGGCAAGCUGGUCAUACAGCUUUUCUUGUCAAGUUGAGGAAGUUCAAACAACAGCUUAACUGAGUGCCCCAGAUGACACCAACCAAUGUGAAGAUGGAAAAGUAUCAAGUUAGAACUUAAUAUUCCAAAUCACUACUUUCAUAAAUUGGUAUUUUCAGCUAUUACUAUGAUUUGUAUAACUUUACACAUAAAUUUGAAAAAUAACAAAAGCUAAAGAAAGAUGUGUAACAUGGCAAAGCUGCUUAAAUGUCCCAUUUUGACAUUGUCUUGCAUUCAGUUUGAUAUUUUGUAGCUAAUGAUUCCAAGUUGCUUUAGUUGAGUCAUCUCGUCUCAUUCUUCACUUCCUGUAAACCACUCCAUAGAUUUGUCUUUCUUCAUGAAAUUAGUUUUUUUUCCUGUAUUUGAUUGUUGGUCAUUGGCUACUGGAAUAAAAUAUGCAUUUUCAGAUAAA